AAUAAAACUGGACUGCGGUUGAUUCGCGGGACCCGGAAGUGGUGACCGACUCGUCACUGCUCCGUUCCGGUCUCUGCUGCUUCGGCUGUGUUGGAGACUCACUUGGGAAAAUGAACCACGCCGAGGAAGCCAACGUGUCCGCUGCUCCGCACGUCGUGGCCGAAGAGCUCAUGGUGACAGGCAAGUGGGUAAAGCUGGAGAAGACCACGUACGUGGACUGGUCCGGAAGCACCAGAACCUGGGAGACCGUGAAAAGGACAACAAGGCAAACCAACACAGAAGCAGAUGGUGUUGGGAUUAUCGCCCUGCUGAAGCGGACGCUGCACAAAGACUGCGUGGUGAUGGUGAAGCAGUUCCGUCCCCCCAUGGCUUGCCACACUCUGGAGUUUCCUGCAGGGUUGAUUGACGAGGGGGAAAGUGCAGAGGCGGCUGCUUUGAGGGAGCUAAAAGAAGAAACCGGCUACAAAGGGGAAGUAGUGGGAAUCACUCCAGUGACCUGUCUGGACCCCGGCCUGUCUAACUGCACCACCCAGAUGGUCAUGGUCAAUAUCAACGGAGACGAGGGGGAGAAUAUCAACCCAAAGCAGCAGCUCGGUGAUGGAGAAUUUGUUGAAGUCAUUCUCUUACCUCUCGAUGAAUUCCAGAUGAAAAUAGAUGAUCUCAUGAAGAAAGAAAAGAUUGUGGUGGAUGCCAAAGUGUACAUCUUCGCCAUGGGGAUGGUUCAGGCCUUCUUUAAGCCGAGGGAACUCCCCGUCCUGAAGCAGUGAAGGGAAACAUUCGGGAUGAGAGAGAAAUAAAUGUUCUUUUCUUUUACAAAGGGCAUACAACACAGGACUGUGAACAAAGGCCUUCCAAAUUUGUAAUGAGAAACUGUAUAUGAAAAGUUGUUGAAAUGUGGUUUCAGACACAAGUAACUUCCUAUUUUAAUUUGUUUCUGCGAUGUAUAAUGCCCAUCCAUAGAGCAAAAUGAAAUCUAGAAGACGUAUUAACAACUGUGUGUUUUGAACAUACUGAAUGCAAAAGUCUAAUUAUGAAAUGGAAGUCCGGAAAUGGCCUUGGUUUUCGGAAAUGAGCGUAUGGAGGAGCUCUGUUUACAAUUGCUUGCUCACUUUGUGGUUGUCAGUAUGGAAGUACUACCUUGAGGACUGACUCAUACUCCGGUUGGUCGACUGUUUAAUCAUUCACACAUCAACACAGAAUAUGUUUCAGCCCUUAGUCUAGAAUGACUAAUGUCACCGGUUUUAUUUUUAUGAUAUUACGUGUAGUUUGAGACGCUGCUUUUACUGAGUGAUCAAAAAAACAUUCCUAACAUAGUAUUUUGCCAACUUUAAUGGAUGCAACAAAUUCACCUCCGAACACUUUAAGCAUGCACAUUUGUCUAAAGGCCUCCUGAGAACAGAAGAAACGUCCCUUUAGAUGAAGUAGACAGCCAGUGAGUUAUAAAUAACCCAUGUAUUGUGAUAGUAACAUAUAGUACAUUUGUCUGAGGUAUUAACAACAUAUUUUCUUUCUUUUUGUGUAACUCCACUGUAAUGUACAACAGAUGCUGUUGUGAUAAAGGUAGCAAAUGAUUAAUAGGAAAUGAUUCAUUUUGUGCCUCCCAACAUUAUGGUGCCAAUAACAAUACUGAUGGUUUACUCUAGAAAUGCCUGACCAUUUAAUAAAUGUUCUACUACUUUUACUUUCCUAAA